UGUCUAAACACUCCCAGCCCCCCCUCCACUUCCAGCAGCAUUUGGUGACAAUCCGUCAGCUGUUACAUGGCAUCAAGUGUCUCGUCAUAGGGACAGACUGAUAUAUGCUACACAACUGUCACAUCCAGGAAUCUUCUUCUACUGCUGCUGCUUUUACUUGGGAGCCUAAAAUGAGGAAGCUAUUCAGAGGCCCCCCUCCAGUCUAUGAGCUGGAAGCACUUCUAGACAGCUACAAAGGGGGUACGCAUCACGUGGACCAAGUCUUUCCAAACCUUUUCCUGGGGGAUGUAAAUAUUGCAAGAGACAGAAAACAAUUGAGGAAGAUGGGCAUCACACACAUCCUGAACGCAGCCCAUGCCUCGUGGGAAUUCACAGGGGAUAACAUUGAUUACGGACCUGAUAUCCAGUACUAUGGCAUCACUAUAGAAGAUUGCCCAGAUUUCGACAUUAGUGUAUUCCUACGUCCAGGGGCAAAGUUUAUUCACAAGGCUCUGAGUACACCUGGCGGAAAAAUUCUUGUACAUUGUGUUAUGGGUAAAAGCCGUUCAGCUACAAUGGUCCUUGCCUACCUAAUGAUUUACCAGCGCUUUACUCUGGCAGAUGCCGUUCGCCAUGUUUCUCAAUAUCGCUGUAUUGCUCCUAACCGUGGCUUUCUACAGCAGCUGCAACACCUCGAGAUGGAGUUACACUACAGCUUUUGGAGAUGCUAUAUGUUCUGAUGGCAUAAGAAGGCAUAUCAACUGGAAGAGCUUGUACAUGACCCUAAAAGGAUACUCCCAAGGCUUAUAUCACAAAAGAAAAAAAUCUAUUUAAAAAUGCCUGUAGUCUAAAAGCGUAUAAAGACCUGAAAAGCAAACCUUCAUAUAUUGCAGCUUACCAGUUCCUAGAUGGGGUGGCUGCAUUAGUUUAAUUUUUUUCAUUUGUUUUUCCUUUCAUUUUCACCCAGCAUUCCGCUGUGAAUAACACACUUCCUGUAUCUUGAUGACUACACCCUUUGCUCAACUGUAUCUAUGGAAGGAGUCAUGGUUUUCACACUGUCUGGACUUCAAACAUGUCUGCCUUUGUUUAUCUCCAUUACAUGGUGGUUGAUAAGACUAGUAGUUUACAUAAGACAGAUAAGGAUGUUUGCGCUUUUUUUUCAGCUCACAGCAAGUGACAAGGACACUGCCUUUCUGGUAAAAUCAACAUGCAUUUUCUGUAGAAAAUGUUCUUA